AUGGAUUUUGGAAAACCAUAUUUCCAUGUUUAACACCAAUUAUAUAUAAACAGAGAGUAAUUAUCACAUUCAACUUUCCUUUAGUUGCCUUUUGCUUUUUUCUUCUUUUCUUUCCAAAAGCAACAGAGCAUCACCAAGGGCCUAUUGCACCAGUACAAAACCAGAAGCUUCUUCUCUCAUCAAUUCUUGCUCUUGUACUCUGUACCCAAAAAUCCAUGACCUUGCAUCUCUAUCUCACUCUGUCUCUUUAAAUAAAAAUAUCUAGCAUAGAUGCAGUAAUUAUUUAUUCAGAUUCUCUUCCACAUACUCAUUGUUUCCUUCAUUGGCCAGACAGACUCAUUUGGCUAAGGAACCUCUUUCUCUCUCUGUGUGUCUUUCUCUGUUAGCAAACAAAGACAUGGGAGGUUCAAAGACCAGACCUUUACUAUGGCCACCUUCAUUUUCCUCCAUUUUCUUGCUGUUUCUCACUCUGUCAUGGACUUCCCAACAGACCCAUUUGUGUUUAGCCCAGCAGCAGCAGCAACCCAUCAAAACCAUUGUGGUUUUGGUCAUGGAAAACAGGUCCUUUGAUCAUAUCCUUGGGUGGAUGAAGAAAGCCAUUAAUCCAGCAAUCAAUGGUGUCACAGGCAAAGAAUGCAACCCCGUUUCAACCAAAAAUGCAGACCCAAAAUCCAUUUGCUUCUCAGACGAUGCUGAGUUUGUGGAUCCGGAUCCGGGUCACUCAUUUGAAGCAGUGGAGCAACAGGUAUUUGGGUCUAGUUCCCUUCCUUCAAUGACUGGUUUUGUAGAGCAAGCAUUAUCAAUGUCCCCAAAUCUCUCUGAGACCGUCAUGAAAGGCUUUAGGCCUGAAUCUGUGCCUGUUUAUGCGGCUUUAGUGCGUGAAUUUGCUGUAUUUGAUAGGUGGUUUUCUUCAAUUCCUGGCCCAACACAACCCAAUAGGCUUUUUGUGUAUUCUGCAACUUCUCAUGGCUCAACAAGCCAUGUUAAGAAGCAAUUGGCUUCAGGGUAUCCACAAAAAACCAUAUUUGAUUCGGUUCACGAGAAUGACAUGAACUUUGGUGUUUACUUUCAAAACAUACCCACCACUAUGUUCUAUAGAAAUAUGAGGAAAUUGAAGUACAUUUCUAAGUUUCAUCAGUAUGAUUUGAAGUUUAAGAAAGAUGCCAGGAAGGGGAAGCUCCCAAGUUUAACUGUGAUUGAGCCGGCCUAUUUUGAUCUAAAGGGAAUGCCUGCAAAUGAUGAUCACCCUUCUCAUGAUGUUGCCAAUGGGCAAAAACUAAUUAAGGAGGUCUAUGAGACACUGAGAGCAAGUCCUCAGUGGAAUGAGACCCUUUUGGUCAUCACCUAUGAUGAACAUGGUGGAUUUUUUGAUCAUGUCAAGACUCCUUAUGUUAAUGUUCCUAACCCAGAUGGGAACAGUGGCCCUGCUCCAUAUUUCUUCAAGUUUGAUCGGCUUGGGGUUCGUGUACCGACAAUUAUGGUCUCUCCAUGGAUUAAGAAAGGGACUGUAAUGCGUGGUCCACAAGGACCUACACCAAACUCUGAGUUUGAGCAUUCUUCAAUCCCUGCCACCAUAAAGAAGAUGUUCAACCUCUCCUCUAACUUCUUAACCCACAGAGAUGCAUGGGCCGGCACAUUUGAGCAGGUUGUUGGGCAAUUGACUACUCCCAGGACUGACUGCCCAGAGACCUUGCCAGAUGUGGUGCCUUUGAGGAGCACAGAGGCGAAUGAAGAUGCCGGUUUAUCCGAGUUUCAGGGCGAGGUAGUCCAAUUAGCCGGUGUACUUAAUGGUGACCUUCUUGAGCACUUCCCUGAUGAAAUGAGCAAGAAGAUGAGUGUGAAGCAAGCUCACGGGUACGUAAAAGGUGCUGUUUCAAGGUUCAUUAGAGCAAGCAAAGAGGCCAUCAAAUUGGGAGCAGACCAGUCAACAAUUGUAGAUAUGAGAUCCUCCCUCCCAACAAGGUCCUCGAUUAAAAAUUAAUUCAUCCUCCUUGGGUCCCUCUUCUAAACAUACAUCAGUGUUUGUGC